AUGCUAAAUAGCUCACUGUAUGCAGACGAUUUGUGUUAUGGAGGGGAAAGUGUAGAAUCAGCUUUCAGUCUUUCAUCAGAGGCGGUAUCUAUUUUGAGAGACGCGAGUUUUAAUUUGAGAAAGCUAGACACUAAUUCUAAAGAGCUGUAUGACUUGUGGGUUCAGGAAAGGUUGUGUGAAGAAAGUAGGUCUGAGAGAGAUAGUAAGUUGAAAGUGUUAGGCUUGUUGUGGAACUUAGAAAAGGAUGGUUUUAGAGUAGACGUUACGUCAUUGUUGAGUAGUUUGGAAUCGUUGAGAAAUAGUAAAAGAUCGGUGUUAAGCACAGCAGUUAAGGUGUUUGACCCAGUCGGAUUUAUUUCUCCAUUUGUGGUGCGAAUUAAGAGACUGAUGCAGGAAAUAUGGGAGAGAGGUUUGGAGUGGGAUACAGAGUUGCCAAAGGAGUUACGGUGCAAAUGGAUAAAGUGGUGCGCUGAAAUUGAGGAAAUAAACGCGUUGAAAAUAGAGAGGUACUACUUUACAGAAGUUCUAAGUAAAGGUCAGUCGGUUGAAAUUCAUAUUUUCAGUGAUGCGUCAGUAGUGGCAUAUGGAGCGGUGGCAUAUUUUAGAUAUAAGAAUGAGAGAGGAGAGGAUUUGGUAGGUAGGUUAGUUCUGUGGACGGACUCCGAAAUUUGCUUGUGGUGGAUAAAGGGGUCAGCGCGUGAGUGGAAGCAGUUCGUGUCGAAUAGAGUUGCAGAAAUACAAGACUGUACCUCGCCUGAUAAGUGGAAAUAUUGUCCAGGGUCGGAAAACCCAGCAGAUAAAUUAACUCGUGGUGAAACAGCAAAUGCAUUGGUGAAAGAUAAUAACUGGUGGCAUGGUCCAUCAUGGUUGAAAGAUUCUGAAGAUCAAUGGCCUGAGCAGAAGUUUAAAGUAGAAACUGAUACUCAAAAUUUGGAACGUUUAAGCACUUAUGUUCAGGUGACUAUUCCAGAAGAAGAAAAUGCGUUAGACAUUACCAAAUUCAGCAGUCUCGAAAAAUUGUUGAGAGUUACAGCUUGGGUAAAGCGGUUUGUCGCCAAGCUAAGAAAACGUGCCUGUGAAGAAGGUCCUCUUACUGUAUUGGAGAUCCAAGAAGCUGAGGAGUACUGGAUAAAACAAGUACAGAGAGCGAAUUACUUUUCGGAUAUUCAACAACUAGAGAGGAAUAAUCUAAUAACACCAGAUUCUAAGCUUUACAGUUUAGCACCAUAUCUGGACAGUAGAGGUAUUUUGCGUGUCAGAGGUCGUUUGGAACAAGCAGAAUUAAUAGAUGACGGAAAACAUCCCAUUAUUCUGCCCAAAACGAAGUUCACCGAACUAGUGAUAUUUAGUGAACACAUAAAAGUAUUCCAUUCAGGAGUCAUGGCAACAUUGUCCAAAGUCAGGAAUAAAUUUUGGAUACCUAAAGGAAGACAAGUAGUAAAGAAAGUUAUUAACACUUGCCUGGUGUGUAAGAAGUUCGCAGUGAAGCCCGCCAAACAGUUAACGUGUCAGUUACCCAGAGAUCGUGUAGUCCAAAGUAAUCCUUUCACAGUUGUAGGCAUCGACUUAACGGGAGCAGUUACUAUUAGAGAAAAAGCGGAUAACCACAAAAAGGUGUACAUAGCCUUAUUUACAUGCGCCGUCACUCGUGCUGUACACAUUGAAGUGGUUUCAGAUAUGUCAGCAAAAAGUGUUCAUUUUUUCAUUACGACGUUUUUUAGCAAGAAGAGGGAGCUGCAAAGUGAUUUAUUCAGAUAA